AGGGGGUAACUCAGUAUGACAUAUAGGCUGUUCACACGCAGGACAAAAACCCGCAGAGGACACAUGCGUUUUUCACCAUGUAGAAGGAGAUAGACGGACUGACUCAGUUUCAUCUUCAAACUUUCAAACAGCAUGUAUCAGUAUACUGGGCUGCUGUGACUGACGUAUUCGGAUUUCUCCGCAGAAAUAAAAAAUAAAAACGCAGGAGCAGAAAAUGGCAGCUGCAGACGUCCUCUACUUCACUUUGUGGAUCGCCACAGUCUUCGCCACCGGACUUGGAUGCCCUGAGCUCUGUACCUGCUCAGAUAAAUACGGCCGCCAUUUUGCUGAAUGCUCCUACAAAGACUUGACUGAAGUACCAGAUGGGUUGCCUCCUAAUGUGACAACUGUGAGUCUCUCCGCAAACAAGAUCAGUUUGAUACCAUUUGGGAGCUUCGACAAUGUCACCCGUGUGACGUCGCUUUGGAUGGCCCACAAUGAGAUUGUCACUAUCGAACAAGGGAGCCUCACGCCUUUAGUUCAUCUGCGUAACUUUGACAUCAGCCACAAUAAAAUUGGAGACUUCCCUUGGGAGGACCUGCUGAACCUCACAGGCCUGCAACUGUUGAAGAUGAACCACAAUGAGAUGGUCCACCUACCGAGGGACGCCUUCUCCAACCUCAAAGACCUGAGGUCCCUGCGACUCAACAAUAACAAAUUUUUAACCAUAGUUGAAGGCACGUUUGAGGGUUUGAUGUCUCUAUCCCAUUUGCAGAUUUAUAAAAAUCCCUUUGCAUGCACCUGCUCCCUUGACUGGCUCACAGACUGGAUUUCAACAACCACCGUCACAGUUCCUGAGAAGGAUUUGAUAACUUGUGCAUCUCCAGAGAAACUUAGAGGGAAAGUGAUCGGAAAAUUACCCGAGUCAAAGUGCACAAGCACAAAUGUCACAAUACGAACUGAGCCAACUAUUCACAACACAACUUUCUAUGAGGGCAGUUCAUUGGUCUUGACUUGUGAAUUCACAGGAAAUCCAAAGCCCCUGGUCAUGUGGAAUAUUCGCAGCAAAAGCCAGAAGCAAGAGCUGGCUUUGUCGUUCACUGAGGAUGACUCAGCAGAAUCAAAUGCAGACUCCUCACUGUCCCAUAAUCCUGUCAAAGUCUAUAAUAACGGGACUCUUAUCAUUUCACACCUCAGGAAGGAAGACGGCGGCAACUACAGCUGCUCGGCCACGAAUGAAUUUGGAAGAGCUGAGGAUUCAGUGUCAGUGAAGGUCGUGGGUUUACCAAAACCAACACCUGCAAAACCAAUGACCACAUCACCUACUUACACUCAAACUCACCAAUCUAUACACCAGAGAACAGACAAACCAUCUGUUUUUGAUUCUGCGCAUCUGACUGAUUUAAAGAGAAAAGACAACAUGAACAUCGUACCCACUUUCCCGCCCACUGUGGAGAUCAGUUCUCAGUCUUCUGAGGAGGCAAUAAGCUAUCCAUCACAUGCUAGUAAAUGUGGCUUGACGGCUAAUACGAGAUACAUUUCCAGACAUGUCUUUAACGGGAGCCUGGAUGACAUCAAGCAGUACACAUUUGACUUUGGUGUCAUUGCGUUAGGGGUGUCAGAAACAGAGGUGACAGUGCGACUCAAUCCUCUUCUCAUACCCAGAGACAAGAGCGCCGACCGGCAGAGCUUCCACACUGACAGUGAAGAGAAUCAAGGCCUUUCAGGUGUUUCUGAAAAUGUCCAGUCAAAUGGCUUGUAUCUGUGCGUCACUGCCGACCGCAAACACUCAGCUGUGCAGUGGUCGAGGAUCAAAGAGGGCGUCAACACGUAUCUGUUUAGUGGUUUACGCCCUGGCACCAACUACUCCCUGUGUCUGACCUACAGAGGAGAGGACUGUGACGUCCAGGUGCUGUUCACCACCAGGAGGAGGGUACCCAACCUGCUCAUCAUCAUCUCGGUCAGCAUCUGCCUCCUGACCAUGUCUACUGUGCCUCUCCUCGGAGCAACAUGCUUCCACCUGGUGUACAAAUACCGCAGCAAGACCUACAAGCUGAUCCUGAAGGCCAAAGACCAGUAUCACAUGGAGAGGAACCUCGGCACUAACUUUAACAUCCACGCGUCUCACACCGAAUCUCAGAGGAAGAUUAACGGCAGCCAGCUGGACGAGGAGGAGGGGGAGAUGGAUACAGAGAGUGGAGACGGUGAGAGAGAGGCAGAUACAGAAGAAAGUGUCAUGACUGAGUCCUUUACUUUGUCCCAGUGCAGGGGGAAUUUAGACAACUGUGAGGUAGGAUCUGAGUAUAGUGAUAGGUUGCCUUUAGGAGCGGAAGCUGUGACUAUUAUAAGCAACUACAAAUAUCCAAAUCAGUAAUUGUUGACUAUCUGACAUAUUAUUUGCACAUUAUUUGCAGCUUUCUUUUGCAUUUGGUUAAAGGGUAAAACAGGUUUUUUAUUUCAUUUUGUGCCAAUGGUUUAGGAUCCCUUUAGGCAGCCGAGAAAUAUUGCUUUGUAUGACAGUGGUCUGACAAGACUCCAAACACAUUUACUUGCUUUAAACCACAGCUCAGGCUGCAUCUUUCAGUAACCCGACAGGCUGCCAGCUGCCAGGCUCUAUCGAUUGUCAGUGGAUGUUUUCCAGAUAGACCUUUUGAUGAAAGCUGAACUAGGCCAGGGUUAGGCCCUGUUAAACUUGUUACACAUCCUUUUUUCUAGCUGGAAAUAUCACGGCUUGUUUCCUCCUUUUCUGUCAUACAUUCAUGUAUACUUCUAUAAACGACACUAGAAAGCAAAAGUAUAAGCAGCAGAGAGAAAAACUGAGUGCUCAACCUCAAAAUUAUUCAUUCAAUGCCUGUGCAGCUUCAUAUUUUAUUAAAUAUUAUCAGUAAUGUGAUUCAGCCAGAGGCUUUCCUCAGAGCAUGAUAGUGUUUAAAUGAACUGUUUUUGGGAAAAAUGCUUUUUUGCUUUCUUGCAGAGGGUUAGAUGACAAACAUCAAUAGCACUCAUGUCUGUCCAGUAAAUACGCAGCUACAGCCAGCAACCUUUUAGCUUAGCUUGGCACAAAGACUGUAAACAGGGAAUAACUGUGGACAAACUGGCUUACUACAAAAGCACACAAAAUAUAGAAAAUAAUGUGUAUCUUGAUCCAGAUCUGCAAUAGAUGUUUGUCACAUUUCAUUAAAAUCUGUUAAGAGUUGCUAGAGAUACACUAUAUGGACAAAAGUACCAGGACCUGGUUAAACCUGUUCGUAGUAAACAGCUAGUUAGUAAAAACAUGACAAGACAAACAGAAUGGGGUUACUAUGAAGAUCAAAUGUUAAAUCAAAUGAAACAAAACUUGUAUCACAUAUGACAUGCCUGAGCUGUUUUUUCAUGGUGUCGUCUUUCUUAAGGGAAAUCCUGGUCCUACACCAUAUAAUUUUAGACAGCAGUUCUUCUAGCAGUUUGUCUUUGUCCCUUUCCUCUUUCAAUAUGACAAUGCCCCCCCCCCAAUGCCCCACAAAGCCAGCUCCAUAAAGAAUUGGUUUUCCCAGUUUGGUGUGGGAGAACUUGACUGGCCAGGCACAGAGCCCUGUGCUCAACCCUAUCCAAUACCUGCAACACCUGGAUGAACUAUAACGGAGAUUGUAAGCCAGGCCAUCGUGUCCCACAUCAGUGUCUGACCUCACAAAUGCUGUUCUGGAUGAACGGGCAUAAAUUCCCACAGACAAACUCUAAAAUCUUGUAGAAAGCCUUCCCAGCAGAGUGGAAGCUGUUAUAGCUGCAAAGGGGGGACCAACUCCAUAUUUAUGCUUAUGGGAUGUUAUAAAAGUAAUGUGUAGGUGUCCCAGUACGUUUGUCCAUAUAGUGUAUCUCCCUUGAGAACACAAAAACAGAAAAAGGUAAAUUAUAACCUCCUUGCAGGGUUAUAAUCCAUCACAGUAAGUUGCCUCUUUUCUGUGUGAUGAGCUGGGACUCCAUCUUGAAGCCACUUUUGAAUUGCCAAAAUGAGACUGAUAGUGCCGUCCAUUAAGUCUUAAUUAUGAUGUGAAGUUAAUAGUUUUCAACAGCACAAACAACCUGAGGGAGAAGUUUCAAUCUUACAAAAUCUGUCAUUAUAAACUUAAUUAUUUCCUUUGUCUAUUUAUUUAGAGCAUAUUUGUUAAACCUGUUCCUAGUAAACAGCUAGUUAGUAAAAACAUGACAAGACAAACAGAAUGGGGUUACUAUGAAGAUCAAAUGUUAAAUCAAAUGAAACAAAGCUUGCAUCACAUGUGACAUGACUUGCAAAAUGAUUAGGAUAAAUGUCAACUAGAUGUAAGCUGCAGUAAAUGGGAUAACUGUAAGUAAAGUAUAUGAAUAUUCUGCUUUAAACUUCAUACAGUAAAUUUGUGCUGUGCAGUAGCUUUAAAAUACACAAACUCAAGGGAAUUUCAAUGUUUAGAAAAACUGUGUUGUUUCAAAGAGAAAACCAUUGAGUCCUGCAGCUAUGAGCUCUUUGUCCAGUUAUACUGUGAACAUUUCCUAUGAAGAUAACUUGUGAAGUUUUCAUGUUGUAUAAAAUUGGGUGUUUUAAAUAAGCUCUCUGUGUCGCUGGCAAAAUGUGGACAAGUUACUUCAAUAUCAUUUACCAAGUCUACUGCAGUGUAUAACAGUACAAGCACUUUGGAUUGUGGAUGUGAAGUUAUUACCUUGUAUCUGGGUCAUGUGUCCAUGCUGUUGUAUUUCGCAGAGUCCUGUGUUAGAAGACCUGCAUGCUGCCUAUUACCAUGAGUCGCACUAUGCUGUGUCUUGUGUAAAUAUUCUUGACUUAAAGAAGAACUUUGGGUCUCUGUUAUACUCCUGUAAUAAGGGAAGUAUUAUGUUUUUACCAAAGUGUUUAAAUAUCCUCACUAACUCUCCCAAUCCUAUGUGCCUCAAUAAAGUUUUGACAAA